GAGAGAGAGAGUCAUAUCAUGAUGUCACAGAAUCUUUACGUGUAUAUGCCUGAAGUGUAAUAUAUAUAUAUAUAUAGAUAGAUAGAUUCAUGACACAUCUUGCACCAGAUCACACACCUGAGCAAUGAGUGACGAGGUAUACACGCGGUUAAGCAACACAGACGAUGAUGACAGCUACGCUGCCGUCGGCAACGCUGUGGGCGACACACGUACAAACGAUGCACGUGUCGGAUUAGAGACCUCAAAGGGUCCCAGUAGCGAACAAUUAAGCGGUGGAAACUCACAUAUGUCGAAAUGCAAGAAGGCAUCCCUGAUACUUACAUUAUUUGUCGUCUUGACGUGUUUACUUGCCGGUGUCAUACAAUCUUGGCCGUAUAUUCGGAAAUUGAUGAAGAAAAAGAAGCCGUACGCCGACGAUAUACACAAUAGUGACAACGGGCUGGAUCCCGAUUCGCUCCCGAUGGCGUUUACAACAGUUGUGGAUAAAGGAUUAACCUUUUCAUUUGAAAACAGUGGACACCGACGUCUUAAGAAUGCGUUGAGACCACAAUGUCUGAUCAAAGACGAGAACAAUCUUGUGCGUACUGGUAGUUGUGGUUCGGACGACGUAUUGUAUAUUACCUUUGACGAAGACACUUUUGUCAUACGCACGCACGAUCAUAUGUGCCUCUCUCUCUCUGAUCAGGAGGCGAAAGGUGACGAUCGUUUGGGAAUGCAGUUGAAUCUAGAACCCUGUGACUACCAUUCAUUUGCACAGAAAUGGAUUCUGGGCUACAACUUGGACGGCCAGAUUUUCAACCAAGACGCAGAGUUGUGUAUGGAUGUAGAACACCAACACUAUAACGCGCCUGUGAUUCUAUGGACAUGUAAGUUGGCCAAAAAUUACAAACCCCGUAAUCAAAUGUGGCAUUGGAGCGGCUCAACACUUAAAGAGAGACGCGAUUACGAGUACGAAAAGGAAAAGGCCGCAAGUGAGCAGGGGCUACUGCGGUACUUUAGAUGACUUAAUGAUGGGAAUAUUCUAAUGUGCCUGUCAUAAAUUACAACAGAGUUCUGUGCAUACGCAUACUUCUGUUCUCGGGACGUAUCUGGGUAGUGUGUUUGCGCACCUUGCGAGAACCCAAAUGCGUAAACUUGCUUUAGUUAAGCAUUGUGCACUUGGUAUUGUGUGUACAAGCAAACAAAUGUUCAGUACACGACUACCGUCUCCGCAACAGCCCAGUUGUUUUCAGAAAUUACCACGGCUUUCCACAUGUGAACACUAGCUGGAUCUAUGAACGUCUGUAAAGAAUUCUGUGAAUUUUACUGUCGGACGGGAAAAAUUGGGUACUUCAUCAAUCUGUAAGAGCAUAUAUAAACAUGACAGUACUAGAUACAGUAGUAAAGCAACAGGAAAAGUUUCUCCUGCUACACUGAAAAUGAAAAAAGG